CGAUCCCCUCUCUCUGUCCCGUCUCCGGCGGACUUCAGUAGCCCCCACCUCCCGCCGGCCGCCGCAACCGCCGAUUCCUCAGGCAGGCUCCGCCGAAGCAGUCCCCCAUGGCCCAGGGCAAGAAGAAGGCGGCGGCGGCGUCCAAGCCCCGCAAGCCGAAGCAGCGCGACGCAGCGGAGAAGAAGAUCGGGAAGAAGGCUGACAUGUCGGAGUUCAGGGCGCAGCUGGGCUCCUUCGGGCUCAAGAUAGUCGAGGUCACCGCCGACGGCAACUGCUUCUUCAGGGCGAUGGGCGACCAGCUGGAGGGCGACGAGGGGCAGCACAUCAAGUACCGGGAGAUGGUCGUGCACUACAUCCUGGAACACCGCGAGGAGUUCGAGCCCUUCAUCGAGGACGAGGUGCCGUUCGAUGACUACUGCGACUCCAUGAUGAAGGACGGCACUUGGGCCGGCAAUAUGGAGUUGCAGGCGGGGUCUCUUGUCACGGGAAGAAACAUCUGCAUCCACAUGCUUAACUCGCCGCGGUGGUACAUAAACAACUUCUCUGGCCGUGAAGCUAGCAAUAUGGUUCAUUUAUCUUAUCAUCACGGUGAGCACUACAAUAGUGUCAGGCUUACUGAAGAUCCAUGCCAAGGUCCUGCAAUGCCAGUUGUUAUCAAGACAGAUUCCAAUGUAGCCAGCACCAGCAACAAUGCUCAAACGAAAGCGAAAGACUCAAAGAAAUCUUCAAACAGAUCAGCCUAUGAUGAUACAUCAGUUAAAAUGGUCAUGGCUGGAACUGGCUGUUCUAAUGUUGCUGCUGUUCAACAUGUUUUGGGUGAAAUGGAUGGCGAUGUCGAUUCUGCUAUUGAGUACAUGAUAGCCGAGCGACAUGUGGCGGCCUAUGAUGAUACAUCGGUUAAACUGGUCAUGGCUGGCACUGGAUGUUCUAGUGUUGCUGCAGUUGAACAUGUUUUGGGUCAAUUGGAUGGCGAUGUUGAUUCUGCUAUUGCGUACAUGAUAGCCGAGCGAUUUGCAAUGAGUUCUGAUAAUGUGGACGGAGAUCCUUAUAUGGACUAUGCAUGCAACGAGUUUGUAUAUUCCGUAGGAGAUGAGCUUAAGCUUAGCACAUCCCAGAACGAGGACCCAACGGUUGAGCACAAGGAGGAAGAAGAGAGUUGUUCUAGUAAAGACGAAGCGGCUCAGAAAUCCAAAAAUCCACAUGCUAAGAAUGAAAACUCAAAAACCAAGGAGUGCUCUUGUGGAUCUGCAAAGAAGCACAAGGCUUCUUGUAGUUUAGCCACGGCUGUACCGUCGAAAGAACCUCCAAAGAACAAAGGCGGCGGCCAAGCGAAGGUCCAGAAAGGGAAGGCGAAGCAAAAGAAGAAAGAACCAGUCCAGGCAGCGCCCGUAAAGGAACGCAAGUCUGCAGUGCCUCUACCAGACCUAGGGGCCCUGUGCAUAUAAAAACUCGUCAAUGUCGAGCACACUCUAUUGAGUCAUAGGUUUCGAAGAGAUGCUUGUGCUCGCCUUGCCAUGCCUGAAGCGCGAGGCGUGGGCCGACGGGGUUGCGAUGAUUCCUCUCGCUCGAUCGGUAUCAUCGGGCGAAUGCCAGCCAUUGCUGACUGACAUUUUGCUCUUGUGAUCCUCGAUCCUAGCAGUAGGAGGAUGUAUAGUGGCGACGAUGAUGUCUGCUAAUGGGCGCGGCAUUCACAUGGGCACAUUUUAUACGACGCUGAUUUCCAUUGGUUGUGAUCAGUGAGUAUGCAUUAUCGUCAUUGUGAUUCAGUUGUGAUCAGUGCUAUACUGAUGCGGACGAAAGAGGCAUAAAUAGCCCUUUGAUCUU